UCGUGCCCUGAUGACAGCUACACCGGAGCUUACCUGGACAGCUCGAGCGCGCGCGCACACGCACACACACACACAUACAGGCGAGUCACAAUCACUGCCGUUCAAGACUCCGAGGAGGUUUCUCAGCUUAGAGACAGAAAAAAGCAGGGUGUCCAGUUUUAUAAUGCUGUCCUCGAGUUUUUGAGCUCCGGGAUUGUUUUUCGUGUUGUUUUUGCAGCGAAAUGACGUGGCAGACGCAAUCUAUUGCGAAAAGGGAGAAGGAAUUAAGGGCAGUUUUGCUGGCGUUUAUGCUUUGCAUUACUUUUCAAGGUGCAAACUGCCAGCUGCAGGUUUCACCCCCUGGUCACACUCUGGUCAAUGCCAAGGCUGGCAGCAAUGUUACACUGACCGUGUCCUUCAGUGGAGCUGCUGACCCCGUGAUCAGAUGGUUCAUGGAUAAGUUACCUGUGGCCACCUGGACUGUUGGAGCCACCAGUCCGCCAGACAUAUCUGACGACCACGAAGAGGUGCUGAGGAUCGGGCCAGAUGGAUCCCUCACAUUUGUAAAUGUCCCACUUGGUUACAGCAACAACUACACCAUGGAAAUAACCAAGUCUGGAAUGGAUACAGCUAAUACAACUUUCACUCUAAAAGUGUAUGAAUCCAUCCAGAACGUCACUCUCAGCACCAUGCCUGAUUAUGCCUCGGAGGGAGCUGACAGGUUCACCCUGAAAUACUCCACGCUGCAAGGAGCGGCUGAGCAAUGGAUGUGGUUCUUCAAUGGCAUGGAGAUCAAGAGCGACUCCCACUACUCAGUGGAGGAAAAGAGCCUUGUGAUCAGUCGGCCAAAACGAAACGACACGGGACGAUACAAGUUGUUCCUGAAGAACCCUUUCAGCACUGCAACAGCUCACAAGAAUGUCACCGUGCUCUAUGGCCCGGAUGAACCUAUUCUCGAGGUCAGUCCAGCACAGCCUUUCUAUGCGUCUGGGGAAUCACUCAGCCUCUCCUGCCAGGCUGAUGGACUCCCAACGCCCUCUGCUGCAUGGACCUUUGGUGGUCAGACCCUUUCUGAUUCGCACAAUGGAGUCCUGAAUCUGACCAAUGCACAGGCCAGUCAGGGAGGCAUAUACAGCUGCACACUGCUCAAUGAAAAGACUGGAGCACGGCGUCAGAAGAACAUGACUGUUCUCAUUUAUGAGAGGCCCUUGGGGAACCCACAGUGCUCUGUGCAGUCAGUGAACAGUGACCUGCAGUACCAUUGUCAGUGGUUAGGGGGCACCCCAAUGGCCCAGCUCUCCUUCCCACAGCUGAAUACCACCAGCAGUGGGGCUGGGGACUUGAGCCUAACCGUGACUGCCUCAGAUGACCUCAAUGGGAAAACUGUUACGUGCAUUGCAGCCCACCCUCUCCUGCAGAAUAAUUGCACUGUUACUGCACGUGGUCCAGUGGAGUUCUUACCAAGUGUCAGAACCACAGUUGACUUGGAUGGCAAAAUAGUGGUCGCCAUACAGUGUGUCAGCGAGGCCUCACCGAAGGCUGUGGUGUCAUGGUCCAAAGGGGACGAAGUUAUAAGCAAUGGGACAAAAUACCAGAUCAGUGCUGACACCACGCAGCUGAGGAUUCGAGAUUUCAAUGUGAGCAGCUUUCUUAUCAAAAACUACACUUGCAUCUGCCGCAACCCGCUGGGCAGCCAGAGGAGGGACACUCAGCUACAAGGUCCAACCAUCUCAGAUUCCAGUCUGUUCCCUAAUCAAGAUGGAACCAUCAUCACGCUGACCUGGGAGGUCCCGCCCACCGCUGUUGUUACAGGUUUUGACAUCCAGAUGAAAGGACCAGAUCUCCGCAGUGUCAGUCGCAACAGCAGCCAAACUAAAAGCACCUCGAGCGGAUUCCGCUCCAUCCAGCGGAAACCCGGCUCUGCUCGGAGCGCAGAUGUUUCCGUCCUGGAUCCUGAAUUAACAUACAGGUUUCGGAUCAUCGCCAGAGCUGGUAUGACUGAAGGAGACCCAUCCGAGGUUCACAGAAUUGGACCAGGUGAUGGACUGAGCGGCCCGGCCAUUGCUGGCAUUGCAGCUGGAAUUCCCUGCAGCCUUCUGUUCCUCUUCCUGCUCCUUGGCCUCAUCUACACCUGUGUUUAUUACUACAAGGACAAAAGCCCACAGGCAAGAUAUCCAGUGUCCAGAACAAUUGAAAAGGCAGUGGCAGCCCAAUCAGAUAUGACGCCUCAUAAUUUGCUGACAGGAGGGCUGAAGUCUCCCCCUGAUUACAACCGAUUGCAUCAGGCACCAUCUGAGAGAUCAGUGGCUCUCCCCACAUUUGUCCCGCCUCCGCCUGUGAGAGUUGCCACAACUGUCUAAAGGACAAAAAUGAUGUUUUACAUGUCGAUGUCUUGCAUAACAUGCUUUUUUUUUUUUUUAAAUAUAUUUUAAUGUAUUCUAUUUUAUAUAUUUAUCUCAUUGUCAUUUAAACUACACUCACACACUAUAACACUGGUGAUGAACACUAAUUGUGCAACCAUCCUCUGUAACAGUCAGAAACUUUUGAAUCUGUGUCAUUUUAUAACAAUAUUUAUUUUCAAUAAAUCAAAAUUUAAGUUUGUA